UUUAUUCCUACUACGGUACUACCACAAUCUUUAUACACUCAAAUCUCUCUCUUUGCUCCUCAAUUUCUUUGAAACCCUAACAAACCCUAACCCUAAUUCUGCCUCCCGAUGGCGUGGGCCACCCGAUUCUUGACAGCCGUCGCCUUCUUUGCCGUCGGCGUCGUCUUCGCUCCGGAUCUUUUCGGGUCUGGACCCGAAUCCGCACCGAUCGUCGUUUCGAUUGCGAAGCUCGCUCAUCUUCUUUGCUUUGCUACUGCUUGGGGCGCUGCUCUUUGGGUCACCUUCAUCGGCGGCAUCAUAAUGUUCAAGAAUUUGCCGAGGCAUAUGUUUGGAAAUUUGCAAAGCAAGAUGUUUCCAGCAUAUUUUAUGGUGGUAUCAGUGUCUGCAGCGACAUCAGUUGCGGCAUUUGCUUACCUUCAUCCAUGGAAAUCGGCAUCAUCAGUUGAGAUGUAUCAGUUGGGAUUUCUUUUAUCUGCACUUGGAUUUAACCUUUCCAAUCUUCUGGUGUUCACUCCCAUGACUAUUGAGAUGAUGAAGAAGAGGCACAAAGUUGAGAGAGAGCUGAACAUAGGCGAGGAAGUCGGAUGGUCAAAAAACAUGGAAGUGGCGAAAGCAAACCCAAAACUUAAAGCAAUGAACAAGAAAUUUGGAAUGAUCCAUGGCCUGUCAUCGCUCGCCAACAUCCUGUCCUUCGGGAGCCUCGCCAUGCAUUCUUGGUACUUGGCUGGAAAGAUCAACCUGUGAACAUUUGCGUAAUAAUUGUUUGUCCUUCAUUUACUAAAUGUUGUACUUCGUAAUGGAUGGUUGUAUUCCUCAUAUAUUGAUACGUGCUUCCUAGACGGAAGCAACUCUUGAAACUUUAUCGUGACUCUUGUAUCCGAAAGCAAGAAGAAAUUGUUGUUUUACAAGGAUGUGGGAUUGAGAUUGCGAGAUAUCGGUUGAUGUAGAAUCAGUAAAAAUGGCUGGAAAUAGGGGAAGGCUAUGUCUUUACGAUGAUCUGAUGAACUGUCUUUACGAUGAUCAGUAAAAAUGGCUGGAAAAUGGCCGGUUCAUUGUUUA